GGCGAGGGGAGGACGUCAUGUUGUCGUGCCGUCUGUCUUCCAGUUUGGAUCCCAACACGGUCUCGGUACGCAGGGAAUCAUCUAAGGACUCUUUCCUGACUUCCGGUACACGUGUUCUCAAACACGUGAACCAGAUUGAGGUCGUCAAGACAUACAAGAGUGAAUGGAAUCUUUUUAUUAAGUCAGUCACAGACUCAUUUGCAGCUAAUUACACGUGCAAGGCGGACCAUCAAGUGCUACUGUCAGACGUGCAGCUUUUGAUCCUGUUUGCUCCGAAAAUUGACUAUAGCGGUAUUAGCUCACCGGAAGAAAUCGUCGAUGAGGGUGGCACAGUGGAACUUACGUGCGCAUUUACUGGCGAACCUUUACCAAAACUUACGUGGUUUAGGGGUGACGUCAAACAACUUACCGGCAUCACGGGGAGUAAACUUGUUAUGCGCGACGUCAAGCGUUACGCUACAGACUUCUACACUUGUCGUGGUGAGAAUUCCGUCAGUUUCGAGGAUUAUACGAUCAAUCUUAUCGUUAAAUUUCAUGUAGAAAUUGACGUCAUGGAAAAGACCAUUUACGUCAAGAGGGGAGGUAUGUUUACGCUCUCGUGUAUUGCUCAGGGGGCACCGUUAUACGAUGCGUACUGGAUUGAUGUGCAUGAGCUAAAAGUAAAAUCGUCGAUGUGGAAAUACGACUUUUACUCGGAGCCGGCAGGCGCACAUGUACCGGCUAAGUUCGUCACCUUGGUUACACGCACGGGUACCCUGACCGUUUUCGACUUCGGAACAUACACGUGCGAGGCGAAGGGGGAGGGGACUGUUGCCAGGGCAACCGUUGAAGUCAUUGAGCAUAAGGAUUCUAAAGAGCAUGUACCACAUACAUCAAACGGAUUUAAUUAA